AAAAAGAGAGAGCCGGGGGGAAGAACCACCCCCCACCCUCAAUGGAAUUUAUUUGCGGUUUUGUAACUGCAUGGUCGCAAAGGCAGAUUGGCUCCGACCUCAACUUUUUGCACUACAAGAGAUUGUGUCACUCGGGAAUUGAAAGAUGAAGAGAACGUCCUCCGGUGAACAUGUCGGAGCAGAUGAAAAUGGACAUGAAAUGCUUUCCGGUGAACCUCCGAGGGAGAAAGACACAAAAGUUGAACUGGGGAAGAAGGUGACAUUGCUUUCAGGGAUUUCAGUCAUUGUUGGGAUCAUGAUUGGAGCUGGGAUCUUCAUCUCGCCAAAAGGAAUCCUAAAACACUCGGGCAGCAUUGGGAUGUCUCUGAUAGUCUGGAUUGCUUGUGGCAUGCUUUCACUGUUUGGUGCCUUGUCCUACGCUGAACUGGGAUCGUGUAUUAAGAAGUCUGGUGGGCAUUACACAUACUUAUUGGAGGCUUUUGGUCCACAUGUAGCUUUUGUUAAACUAUGGGCUGAUGUCACUGUGAUCAGACCUGCUGGGAUGGCAGUCAUCUGUCUGGCUUUUGGACAGUACAUUCUGGAACCUUUGUUUAUGCCCUGUGAUAUUCCACCUACUGCUGUCAAACUGGCCACAGCCAUUGGCCUCACCUCAGUAAUGUACACAAAUAGUAUGAGUGUGGUAUGGACAGCGCGGAUCCAAAUCUUCUUCACCCUCUGCAAGCUGGUGGCCAUCAGCGCCAUCGCCAUUCCUGGACUAUACCAGUUCUUCAAAGGGGAGACAGACAACUUUGAGAAUGCCUUUCAACUAAACAACAUAAAGCUGUCAACUUUACCUCUGGCCUUCUACUCUGGGAUGUAUGCAUACGCUGGAUGGUUCUACCUCAAUUUUGUUACAGAAGAAAUUCAUAAUCCUGAGAGGACACUGCCCUUGGCUAUCUGUAUCUCCAUGGCAAUUGUGACAACCUGCUACGUGCUGAUUAAUGUGGCCUACUACACUGUAAUGUCGGUUGAGGAGGUCCUGGACUCAGAAGCAGUUGCUGUGACAUUUGCAAAGAAGUUGAUGGGGGAUUUUUCAUUAGCAGUGCCAGUAUUUGUGGCCAUGUCGUGCUACGGCUCCAUGAACGGUUCCGUCUUGGCCCUGUCAAGAACAUUCUUGGUGGCGUCACGUGAAGGACAACUACCUGAGGUUUACUCCAUGAUUCACAUUCGCAGAAACACUCCAAUAGCUGCCGUCCUUAUAUUGUAUCCAUUGACCAUGCUCCAGCUGUUUCUGGGAGACAUCUACAGCCUGUUAAACUUCAUGAGCUUUCUGCGGUGGUUAUCAAUUGGUGUGGUAGUACUUGGUUUAAUCUACCUUCGAUACACCCGGCCUGACCUUCCACGGCCCUUUAAGGUCCCGAUUUUCAUCCCAGUGGUGUUCAGCCUGACUUGUUUCUUCAUGGUCUUCCUGUCGCUGUACUCAGACCCACUCAACACAGGCAUUGGAUUUGCCAUUUCCCUGACAGGGAUCCCGGCGUACUACGUCUUUGUACACGUCAACCGUAGGCCCAAGUGGUUACAAAGGGCUUUAGAUUCUAUCAACAGAAGUUUACAAAUUCUCCUGGAAGUGGUCCCGCCGGAGCAAUAAUGGAAACCACAUCCUACAACAAGUCUUUGGACUCAUGAAAGCUACCCUAUAUACUUUCUUUUUCCUGUGCAGUGUUCUCAACAAACUAUCACCCGAGCCCUUCUGUUCUCCGAAAAAACAAACUAAGGAAUUAAUCAAAUGGACUUACAACCAAAGAUGUCCUGAAUAAGAAGUCAUUAUACACUUUAGAAUGUUGAUUAUUAUCAUCAUACCUGGCCUAUUGUGUGGAAAUAUGGAGACACACCUUUAAAACAAAAAACUCUCCCUGUUUUCAAACCACUUAGAAGAAUAAUUACCGGUGGGUUAUUUAUCGCUAAAAAUAUAUUGAACCAACAAAUUCAUUAUUUAUCAAAUUAAACACGAUGAAAUUUUAUGACCUGGUUGAGUUUAAAACAACACAAAUAAUGAAAAAAGUACACAAUAACCUGCUCUGCCAGAAUACACAGAAGCUGUUUGAAAUUAGCGUUGCUAUGACUUAAGGGGAACAAGUUUCUUCAAAAAAAUCCAAAACAAAAACACACGUGAAGCAAAAGUGUAUUUGUGUAAGAGAUGGUAAUUUGUGGAAUAAUUUCAGAACUCAACUGAAAACGCGUGAAUCAAUUGCUGUGUUCAAAAAGAGGUUCAAAAGUAAAGUACACAAAAACUACAAAUCCAAUUUAAAUGAAGUUGGGACUUUAUGUUAAACACAAAUAAAAAUAGAAUACAAUGA